AUGAUAUCUGUUGACUCUCCUCCGGUGGGCGCCUCUCUGGCCGCUAUGGUGGGCCUCGUGACUGUAGCUGGUCCAAUCGUGUGCAUGCAUGAGAGGAGGUCAAACCUCCUCGACUCCAACAAUCUUAGGGGCGCCGCCAAGUUCGCCGUCAGCUUGUCCCACGAAGAGCUUCAUUCAUAUCAUCUCCACAGGUUGGUUCAUAUGUUGUCUUUCAUGGUUGCAACUUGA